GAAAAUUUGAAAGAUGGCGGACAGCAAAGCGCUAAAUCUUGGAAGCAAUCUUUGGAGUCCAUUUAAGGAUCUUUUACGUACCGUCCAUGCAGCUCUAUCACAGAAGCUUCCUGAUGCUUACUAUGAAUUAGACGCUGCCAUUCGGAAACACAAACCAGAUUUCCUUUCCCUUCUUCAAAACCCGGCCAAGAAUGUUCAGCACCGAGCUCAGAUCCAGAAAGCCGAUGUCACUGGAGUGGUUGUCGAGGGCCAAACGGGCAAAAAAACUUUACCCAAACAGUUCAUUGAGGAAGCACUUCUCAUCAGUGAUCUGUUUGACUUGAACGAAUAUGCUGCAGUGGAACUCUUACUCUCUGGAGAGCAACAGCAGCCCCAUUUUCCUGGUUUAGCUCGUGGUCUUGUUGCUGUUCUCUUGUACUACGAUGGACGGCGGAGUAUCGUCAAUGCUUUACAGCUUCUGGUCCAGUCACGCAAAGGCCGCACAUGGACUCUUGAACUGGAUGAAGAAGUGUCGGACCUGACCACUCGCUUCACUGACCAACUCAUCCAGGAGGGCCUGAUGCAUAAAAUCCUCAAGAAACUUCUAGAAAGCGACGUAACUAAAGAAAUGGAAAAGUUGGGUCAAGCGAGGGCUCUAGGUGAUGCAAAACACAGAUUUAAGGUAUCUGAGAUGCUGAAGGAAAUCAGGUCGUGUCUCUCGGAAUGCCUCUUUGCCUGGGCGUGUCAGUCCGUCCCAACAAGACAAGAUACUACCCUCCUAAUCACCCAUCUAAGGAAACACUCAACGCUCGAGACUGAUGGCACAAUGAGUAAUGUCACUCUAGCUUUACUCAUGGCGUGUCUAUACUGCCUCGAUGUUGGAACACUCGACAGCUGUCCUGAAGACCAAGAUGAGUCGACCAAGAAGUUACCCAUCCUUAGAGAUAAGCAGUUUCUUCCAGACCUCCACCAGCUGAUAGUGAACGACGACACCAAAUGGAAAUGUCCUGGAAUCUCGGCAGUUCUUCGCUUUGCCUGGGCCCUGACACUGAGGAAUAUCGCUCAACAACCAGAGACUGCUAUGAUGCAAGAUUUAAUCGAAGAAGAUGAGUCGGUCAUUGAUGAAGCAAUCAAAGAUAACGUCUUCCGCUUUCUUAAAGAUGCUGUGGUUUCCUCCAAGAACUUCAACCAAUCGGAGUUCUGUGCUAGAAGACUUCAUAAUCUGCUGACGGAUCUCAUCGUUCAGAUGCCACUCAAGGUUAAGGAGAUGCGUAACCGUGGUGAUGAUGUCGGAAGGCUACUGAUUGCCCAUGAGAGAGAAGGAGUAGAGCUAACUUCAAGUCCACCGAUGUACUUCAAAGACUUCAUGAAAUUGUUGGGUACCCUUUACAGCAGUGAUCCUCAUGGUUUAGAGCUGCCCUUGGAGUAUUGGUGCACACCAGAGAGCAGCCCCUCCGCAAGUGCUACAUAUAUCUCACAGCAACGCCAGUCUCCUAGACAGGCAAGCUUGUUCAAGUUUAUCCGAAUGGCUGGUGAUUUGUUGCCACCUUCUCUGUAUGUUUCCUACAUGGAGAUGUUAUGUGGUCUCGCUAAUGGUGAAGAAAGUGCUCAUCAUUGCUUCAAUCUCUUAAAGAUGAACGGCCUCGGAGCAGGUGGAAGUGGCAGCGCUGUGUCCUGGGAUCACUUCUUUCUCUCUAUUAACCGCUACUACAACACCCUCCGCCAUGAGGUGACUAGUUCCCCCCAUCAUGAAAUGGCGCAGCCCCACUCAAUGCAUAGGUAUGCUGUUAACAAGGGGAUCACUCCACAAGAGAUGGAGGGGUUGUUGGCCGUGCUCAAGUUGACGCAAGUUGUUGCUAAAUGGGAUGACAAUGCAAGGAUACUACUGUGUGAGAACCAAUCAUGGCUCCCUCUUGUCUUGCUAAUGGGCCUGCUCAGCUGCAGUGUACCUCCAAAGUUGAAAGGUCAAUGUCUACGCACCCUUGCUACAUUAGCACAGUCUCCAGAGGUUGGUGCUAUGCUCUGGCAGUCCUUAGAAGUCUCACAGAUCAUCCCGACAGUCCACCUCCCUGGAUCCCCCAGCUCCGGGAUCCCAGUCGAGCUAGAUGAGAUAGAAUCAUCCAAUGAGGAGUACCCUUUAACCUGUGGCUUCUUGGAGUUAAUAAGUACCCUAAUGAAUCUACCGAUACCAACGAUGCUUGGUGCAGGGUACAGGGCGCCUGGUUUUGAUCCUUACCUAGAGUUCCUGAGAGAUACCGUGUUCUUGAAGUACAAGUGGAGAGCGUAUAGAGACCCUGGGGAAAAGUGGGAAGUAGCGGCUGGUGUGACUUCAAUCUUCUGUAAGAUUCUUCAAGACUACACUCCGCAGCCUCAAGACUUUGUGGAUCAUCCUGUUGAGAUUCAGGGAGGUGGGGUGGGCGUAGCCAAUAAGCCCCCCGGUCAUCAUCUCAUGGUGCACAUGCUGAAUAACAGCGCCAUGCUCAAACUGGUUCUUCAAGUAAUCGACGAGGUCACCCAGCUCCUAGACCAGUAUCGACCCAUUCCGGGCAAAGCCAACAUGGAGAAGUGCACCCUCAUGUGUCUUCAGUUGGUUCAGUUUGCACUAGAGAAGCAAGACGCAUUCAUUGACCUGGUUAGAUUGCAGGGGUCAGGGAUCAUGGUCAGCACAAUGGAUGAAUUGUUAAUGGCCAUCAAUCCAAGAACAGGAGACGCUGACCAUUUGGUCAAUAUUGCAAAGUUUGUAACCCACAGUGACACCCAUGCUGCACAUGCCUUGGCAAGUACUAAAAUAUUAUACAGUACAGUCCGAGCCUCCAACAUGCAGGCUGAGAUUGUAGGACUCUUCACUGCAAAGCAGGAUGUACGUACAAAUCUCUUGCGUGGAUUUGUCGAUUGCUUAGAGACAGAUGAUCCUGAAGAAUUUGAGUCUGAGAAUCCAUCAUUAGAGACGGACGUCAUUGAGGAAGAUGCAGCAAGGAUCCGAAGCGAUACCCGCCUGGUGGUCAUGCGUCUCUUACUCUAUUCCCUAGAGCAACCAACUCCAAACCUUGCGCACUUCCUUCUCGGUUAUGAAUAUCGCAAACCGGCGAGUAAGACCAAUCUUCAAGACCCAGGUGUGCUUGGUUCUCCCCGUACCUGCCUACACUCCAUCCUAAACAUCCUGUCCCUAGACCGUGACGCAAACUCACGCUCCGGCCCAUCAGCCAUCCAUUCCAUGCCUCAGCUAGCCGAGCUAGCCUAUGAGAUGAUUUACCGUCUCUGCGCUAACAGGGAAACAUCGGAUCCAACGAUGAGGUACCUCAGAGCUUCACAGGAUUUCUUCUACAGUCAGCUCAGACAUGUGCCCUUCAAUAAGGCUUCGGCAUCUCAGAGAAACAUUGAGGAGAGGUUACUUUUGAAUCAGCAAUCCUGGCUUCUGAAGGCUGUAGCAACUGAGAUCAGAUUAACUGCGAUUAAUCGUCAACGUUCACAUCUUCAGAGAUUGUUAAGGCUUCUUCUUGAAGAUUCACCCUCCGUUCUAUUUGAAGAUGAGGGUGUUGAGGAUGCUGGAGAUGUGACUCUCAUCACUGAACGUGGAGCUCUUGGUUUAAGUGCAAUGCAACAAGUAGGACAGAGUAGAGUUGCAGGCACCCAAGUACGACGUAAGAUCCUGACCUCCCUAGACUGCAUCGACCUGGUCCAAGACCUCCCGCCUCAUCUACGUCUUGAAUACAUCGACCCGGCUAAGAUGGAGAAGAUGAUCAGCGCUUGUGAGCAGCCAAGUGAGCGUGGUGUCGCUUCCCUCUGUGAUGUCCGUCUCUUACAUCAUUACUUAACGUUGAACUUAAACAGUCUUCAAGGCUCUUCAGCUGUUGGACAACGACCUCUUGUUAUGCAGGAAAUUGAAGCUGUCCUUCUGAACGUAGCAGAGCGCAACAACUUCCGUCAAGUGCUGGCCGCUAAACGUCAUAACUUUGAUGCUUGGAGGCAGGUGACUGAGGUCAUUCUGACGUCUUGUCCGGCUGAAGUCUUACCCUCAGGAGUCAAACAGAAAGUUGUCAUUGAACUACUCCAGGAACUUCUAGCUAAGGUUUGCAACGAAGAUGUGACCCCUGACCUUGCCUCUCCAGUGGGCGGAGUUCUGCUGACUCUCAUGGCCUCAUUGAGGGAGUGUAUCCUGAGCGAUGAAACCCAGAGUAUUCCACAGCUACUCUCUGCUCAGUACGUCCAAGCCUUAGAUGGAUCCAUGAUGACAGGCGUCAGGGGUGAUAGUCAUCAAUCACUCAGAGGGCUUGGGGUUGAGGUUGUGGCUUUAACCUCUAUCCUGAAGGAGCUGCUGAAGUUCAUCAUCAUAUCAGGAGGUAGCCAGCAGAGGGUAAGAGCAAACCUCUACGGAGCUCUCUUAAACUACCUUCACAUCCCUCAGAAGCCUAGAGAGAUCCCUACCCUUCAAGACAACGCUAUGGUUCUUAACUCAGCUCUACUAGAUGAGUAUGAGUGUGUCACAGCGUCUAACCUCGCUGUCAUGCAGGAGUAUGGAGAAGGAUUGAUGGAUCUGGUGUGUCGAGAUGCAAGUGAUGGUCAUGGUGUGGGAAGGAUGCUUGCCCUGUCCGUCCUUGACACCAUCAUCGGUAUUGAUAAGCGAGGUGAUUGGUUAGCCUUCCUGUCCACCAAGGGAUAUCUGCGUCAUUUUAUUGAGAACCUCUCUCAACAAGACCAGGAACUCCAAGAGUCACUUCAGCCGACCCCUGAACCUCUCAAAGCACUAUUCAUCUUUGAGUCACAAAUGUCUCUACUGAAGAAGAUAGCUCUGAAUGCAGUUGGUGCCCAGUCAUUGCUACGAGCAGGACUCAUGGCAAGACUGUCUGCCUGUCGAUUUCUUGACCUUCGACCUGAACAUAGCACACAAAGCCGUUUAAGAGUAGCAUCUUCCAGCCUGGAGCCAGUAGAGGUUGAGACAUUCAUUCCUGGCAUCAUGCAGCGCUAUCGUCAGCUUCUGUUCCCUGUCUUGAGGUUGUGUAUAGCAGUUCUCACGUCACUGGGGAGUCAAAAUAAAGAGGCAGCCAAUCAGGUGUUGCAUUUUGUGGUGUCCCACUCUGAAGUCUUUACAGCCAUCUUGAGAGAACAACAUACAGAACUUAAGCUAGAGUCACUCCAGGAGCUUGCACUUGCCACCAGCGUCAUAUGUACUGUUGCAACAGACAUUACGCAUUACGACCUCCCAACCUCCCAAUUCUCAUCUAGCCACGUUCCCCUUCAGACUCAUCUGAGUCGCAUCCAUCGGCAAAUCCUCGCUCUCGUCCCACAAUUCUGCUCGUUGGAUUCCCGUCUGCGAGAACUCAAGAGGCUGGACAAUACCACUGAGAAGUCCGAGGCUACAAACGCCCUCUAUCAAGAGAGCUCGCGCCAAGUUCUCCUGGAGAUAUCCAGGAAUGUGAUUGGCUACUGCAAGAAUAUCGUUGUCCAAUCAGGUACAACGGCUAAAGACAGUCAGGUGCUUUUCACUCCAAGCCUGCAAGAAGUAACUGUCAGAGACUACCACAAAAUGGAAAGUGUUCAUCUGUCUUCUCUGGACCUCGCCAAGCCUCCCAGUCUUGGGAUCAUUGUACGUCACUUACGCCAAGCAGUCAGUGAGUUUACCGCCACCAAGGACAGCCAUCACCAGCAUCUGCACAAACUCAAGAAUGUCGCUGAACUAUCCACCGAGGAGCUCAAAGAGCUUGUUCAGACAAUAUCAGGCUCAGAAUCAGAGAAGCUUCUAUCAAGUCAACGUCUUCAACUGGCGACCAGGAAACUAGCCGAUGUUGUCCGCCAGAAAGCCGACGAGUUGGCCCUGCUUUACUAUAUGAUAGAGUGUAGUAUGUUCCUUGUCUGGCGCCACCUAGAGUUUUAUCUUGUAUAUUGUCAACCAUCUAAGGAUAGCAUGUUACAUCAGUUCACUCUACCAAGGCAAUCACCAAGGAAUUUAGCUGACCCAUACAGGUUCCUGAUUGAUGGUGGAGGGGAUGACCCUAGCCGUACACCCAUCAGUCCAGUCUUACAAGGCAUCAAAGAUGAAGAUAUCAAACAGCUCCAGAUGGACGCAGUGAGCUGUCUGAGUGACAUGCUGCUGAAGAGAACCAGAGAGAUUGAAACUCAAUUCAGUCGAGGCCAGUCACGCUACACUUUCAUCUCUGUGCUAGUACGGCGCAUCAAACGUCUUCUAACCCUUGGAAAUCGCUGAAUCUACCCGAAUAAAUUGAGAAGUGUGUCCCCCUGAUCAUUCACACUUGAGUGGUACGUCACAUCAAACGUCUCCUGACUCUGGGAAAUCGCUAAAUCUACCCGAAUAAACUGAGCAGUCAUACUGGGGCUUGACCCACACUCUGCUAAUCAGAAACACCAGAGCUUGAGUCCGGUGUGCUUGACCACUCGUCCACGACACACCUCACUAAUUUCACUCAAACCCACACUCUGCCGAUCAGAAGCACUAAAGUUUGAGCCGGUGUGCUUGACCGCUCGGCCACGACACACCUUGGUCAAUUAAUUUGGAAUCACACUCUGCUGUUAAGAAACACCAGAGCUUGAGUCCAGUCCGCUUGACUGCUCCGCCAUGAAACACUUCGCUUAUUUCAUCUGCCAGGGGGACGCUGUUCAUUGACAAUUGUAAAUAGUUGUUAAUACUUAACCGCUACUCUUUAUUAGUUCUGCCUUAUGUACUAAGAGUAUCAUAAGAACAGAUGGACUGUAUUGGCAAAAAUCAUAGGGCUGUUAUAACAUACAGUUUAAGAAGGUUUUAUUCAGGAUUUGGUAUAGGGUGUCCAAAUUUGAUGGAAACUUAUAAACUGGAUGUCAAAUACAUUUAUAUAUAAAUAACAGAUGGAAACAGGGUGUCCAAAAGACACCCAGACAUUCCCUCGGGCUUACACUAGGACUUUUAAUGAACGUCUGAGGCAUUUUAUAAAUAAACAAGGUUAUUUCUUUGUCGUGUUUCUUGAUAAAACUUCCAGACGCUCAGUUUGUUCAACACAGUCUUGCUCCCCUGGUCUAGUGUAGCAAACUAAUAAAAUAAAUUUGACGGACGUCUAGGGGUAGGGGGGGUGGUCUUUUUACAUGUGGAGUUGUACAGAGAAGGGGAUGUUGAAAUAAUCACUGAAAAGAUAUGCAUUAAUUGACCUAAAAAUAAAUCACAUGAUAUCAUUGAUACAACAAAUCUUGCUUUGGCCAUUUUGGGCGUAAGUAACUGGUAACUUUAUUCUGGUAAGCAUAAUUGUGUUGUGCUUAGCUACUUUCUGUGCUUAAUCAGCCCAAACCUUUGCAUAUUAUAAACUUGUCCAUUUUUGUCUUUUAUGCAUGGUCUGAUGCAUAACAAUUUAUUGAGGUCCACCUCUGCCUGAUUGUGUUGUCCAAAAUGGAUUAAAGUGUAUUUUUUAUGAUAUUAUUUUCCUGCGAAAACAGAGUUAGCUAAAACGACCUACGGUAUAAAUGCAAAAUAAAAAGUGAAUGGCCUGACAUUUGGACCCUAGCAGAGUCUUUCUUGAAGGCUAGAAAGAUUCUGCUAGGGUCAACACAUCAGACCAUUGUUUUUUUUUUUGCAUAUUAUUUUCCUCUGAAACAAAUGUGAGGUUUAAUUAUGUCAUUAUUAUUAUUUUAUCAUUCUGGUACUGAAACCAAUGAUUCCUGGAAAGUAAACUUCAAUCAAUGUAGCAUGCACGUCUGAGGAAACUGGUCCACAAGGGUGCUUGCUUUGUGAACCAGAAACACCUACCCUUACACUGUAGCUUGCAAGCCUGAGGAAACCUGUAAACAAGGGUGCUUGCUGU